AUGAAAAUAUCGGUUUCACAAAUAAUUAAAAAUAAACAAAUGUAUGUAAAGGCACCAUCACAACCAGUUGUUUCCGUACCAACAAAGAUUAUUAGCAAACCUACACCAAUUGUUACACCUAAUCAAGUUACUACAGUAAAAGCUACUGUCGAUGUAACACCUGCAUGGUUCGAACCGGUGAAAUCUAUUCCUCCAGAAAAAAUUCGUUUUCCUGCUAAUUACAACAAAAAUUCUCCUAAGGAUGUUCGUACAUACAGUUGUCUGUCUACCUAUCGCUCCAUGGUCCAGAAUACGAAAACAAUUGACUUUGUGGCCAAUCCCUUUUUAUCUAAUGUGGACAAUACUGAGACACUUGUAGUAGUUCUUAAUGAACUUGCUUAUCAACUCGGUGCUCAUCUGACUUUUACACAAGCAAACUUUAAAUACAAUGAUAGCGAUUAUCGAACUGCAUGUGGAGUAACCAAUCUUGGUAGUAUUCAUUCAUUGCUCGCGUCCGAAGGAAAUUAUCAAACUGCUAAAUUUGAUCUUCACUUUACACUUAAUUAUGAUGAUAUAAUAGCAUCACCUAAAACAUUACAAAACUUUGUCUUAAGACUUAUUAAUGAUAUUUGUUCUCUUGUAGGAUGUGAUAAAGAUUUUGUUCGAGUAUUUUCUGUGAAACGUACUUCAUCAAGUCUUGUUGAAUUUGGUUUCACUACGACGCAACGUGAUGAAACAGAAAAACUCGCUAAAUCACUUAAACAACAACUAAAUAAGAUUUCAAUAGCACAACGUCCAGAUAUUUUUCAAUACCUAUUUCCAGAAGAAUACGAUUAUAAACUGGAACCAGCACUUGCGUUUUUACAGUUGCAACAAUCAGAUUUCGAAGUUGAGUACAAUCGCUACUAUUCACAUGCUGAUGAAGAAAAAAGAGGUGGUUAUCCAUAUCAUUUUCCACAAGGAUGGUAUCGUCAUGCCCUUAAAGUCGAUGACAAAUAUCCGAACGAUAAAGCUUGGCUUGGUAUGAAUAAUAGUCCAGGUGAAUGGGCUGUUGCUUACCAUGGAACAAUAUCGAAAGCUGUAAAAGGUAUUAAAGAUAAAGGAUUGUUACAUAGUUUUGUCACUACGGAUGCCAUGAAAGAUGAAGCAAAACAGCAAAAUCCAUCGAUUCCAGAUGUAAAAGGAUUAUAUGUGGCAACACAUUGUGAAGGAGGAGCUGCCAAUUAUACUAUGCCGUUUGAGAUAAAAGAUAAUAGCGGUACAAGCAAGGAUUAUCGAGUUGUAUUCCAAUGUCGAGUUCAACCAGGCAAAUUUACAGUACAUGCAAGCCCCGUCAAAGUUGGAAGGGCAUGGCGAGUUUUUGAUGAGAAAGCAAUUAGACCAUAUGGUUUACUUCUAAAAAGUUCAGAAACAAUGUAG